GAGCUACGGGGGCUGAUUGACUCGUGGUAGAGUUAGAGGACGGGGCUUCGGGGGGGAAAAGGAAAGUAGAAGUCAUUCGGCUGUACUUAUGGAGCCGGUUCUGUGUCCCGAUCACGGGACCCUUUGCUUUCUGAAAACCGGAGUCCGCGAGGGCCCCAGUAAAGGCAAGAGCUUCUUCGUGUGCCGGGGAGAGUCGUGUGGCUUCGUGCGGCCAGUCGAUGUUCCUGUUUCUCAUUGUUUAUUACAUGAAGAUUAUGUGGUAGAGCUCCAGGGUUUGCUUCAGCCGCAAGACAUGAAAGAAUAUAGAUUGUUCUAUCGAUGUAGUCGAAGUAAAGCAGAGAAGAAACAUUGGUGUGGAAACAUUCCCUGGAAGGAACCCAGUGCUAAAGGACAAUUAAGCAGUACAGCCCAGGAUGCAUCUGAUUGGCUCCAGCAUUCCAGCCAUCCAAGAAAUCCUUUUAAAGUUUUAGACAGGAACCAAGAACCAUCCCUCUGGAAACAACUAAACAGUGGCGAAAAUGAAGAAAAGAGAGCUGAAAAGAAACUGAAGGAAAAGAAAGAUCAGCUUUUGCCACAAAACAAGGAGCAGAAGUCUACGCCAGAAUCCAUUGUGCAAGAGAAGCUUCCACUGGAUGUGGUAAUAAAUAAAUCACAAGUACCCAAGAAGGAAUCAGUGCUUCAGAAUAAAGAAAAAGAUCACAAAAUUUCACAUCCAAGAAGCUUUUCUCAGGUUAAACCAGACCUGUCCACUAAGGAAGACCUAAGGAAACAGUCUUUUCCUGUUAAAGAGAAGAAAUCAAAAGAUGCAAAUCCCUUAGUCUCUGGUGAAUCAGCACCUCAGGGGGAGAGUGAAACUAAGCAGAAGCCUCCAGGUACUGUCAGUCUGGACACCGUAAAGAAGACCCAGAGAGAGCAGCCUAAGAACUAUGAGGCCAGAGAAACAAAGGUCAAGGCUGAUCUUGACCCACAGACAAGACCAAAGAGUCAAAGUCUGGUACAGCUAGAGAUUCCCAAAGUAGUCCCUCAGAGAGGGGCCAGUGGACCACAAGUAUCAUCAGGAGCUCCAGGAGAAGGGAAGGGCAUCGAUGAAAGCAGUAAAGAUGAUAUUGUUUCCUCCAAACAAGAAAACUCCCUACAUGUUCAGGUGACUGAAGAUUCAACACAGAAGAAGAAUCUUAAAGUGCCUGAGACCAGGGAGCCAAGAUCAAUCCCAGGAUUCACCAAGACCUUGAAGAAGGUGGAGCCUUUAGACCCUACGCCCCAACGUUUGCAUCUCGCAGCACAACUUAAGCAAAAAAAGAGUACACUGGCAACAGUGAACAUCCAGGCCCUUCCAGACAAGGGCGAGAGGCUCCUCAAGCAAGUUCAGGAUUUGGAGGCUGCACUCAAUGCUCUAUCCCUAGCCACAGUGACAAGUACAGAACAAGGGAGUAAUAAGGAAAGAGAUGCUCAUGACCAUCUGCCAUGCAAUCCCUCCACUAAAACCACUGCAGAAGCCCCUCGAGCGGUGCCACCCAAACUGCUGCAGCUUCAGGGUUCUCCCCCUUUGGGGGGUUCUUUGGGAUUGCAUGCUCCCAACCAGGCGUCUCUUGGGGGACCCAGCCAACACUCUGGAGACAAAGUCCACUUGUAUGGGGGCCGGAUGACCCAUGAUCGCCUUCAGGCUGUGUGGAAAGUUACAAGUGAUGCCAUCGAUCAGCUCCACAAGUCUCUUGAAUCAUGUCCUGGCAAGGAGACAGUGGAAGAAGAUCCUGAUGGAUUGAAGGUCCCUUUGCUUCUGCAUCAAAAGCAAGCAUUGGCAUGGUUAUUAUGGAGAGAGAAUCAAAAACCUCAUGGAGGAAUUCUAGCGGAUGAUAUGGGCUUAGGCAAGACCCUGACGAUGAUUGCACUCAUUUUAGCCCAGAAAAAUCAAGAGCAGAAGAAAAAGAAAGACCAAAAGCUUGUUUUGUGUCUCUCCAAAGAUGAUUCCACUAGCUUUACAUCCCAUGGCACUUUAAUUAUCUGCCCUGCCUCCCUGAUUCAUCACUGGAAAAAGGAAAUAGAAAAACGUGUGAGUGGCAACAGGCUGAGAAUCUAUCUUUAUCAUGGGUCUCAUCGGGAACAACAUGCAAAGGCCCUUUCCAUAUAUGAUGUAGUAAUCACCACCUAUAGUCUUCUUGCCAAGGAGAUCCCUACAAGGAAGGAAGAGGGAACUGUCCCUGCUACUGAUGCCUGUGUGAAGGACUGCACAUCGCCAUUGCUGCAAAUAGUCUGGGCUCGCAUCAUACUGGAUGAGGCUCACAACAUUAAGAAUCCCCGCGUGCAGACCUCCAUAGCUGUCUGUAAGCUACGAGCUGGGGCCCGCUGGGCUGUCACUGGAACCCCCAUUCAGAACAACCUGCUGGACAUGUAUUCAUUGCUGAAGUUCCUCCGUUGUUCUCCAUUUGAUGAGUUCAAGCUAUGGAAGAGUCAGGUUGACAAUGGUUCAUCAAAAGGAGGGGAGAGGUUAAGUAUUUUAACCAAAAGUCUUUUGCUGAGGAGAACAAAAGACCAGCUGGAUUCAAGUGGCAAACCCCUGGUGGUGUUGCCCCAACGUAGCUUCAAGUUGCACCAGUUGAAACUUUCAGAAGAUGAAAAAGCUGUGUAUGAUGUCCUUUUUACAAAAUCAAGGUCAACUCUACAGUCCUACUUAAAAAGGCAUCUGAGGGAAAACAAGCAAUCUGGAAGGAGCCCUGAUAAUCCAUUCAGUAGAGUGACAAAGGAGUUUGAAUCUUGUGAUCCUGGGCCGAGCGCCCCAGCUGGCCCCGAGUAUUCCAGCACUGCCCAUAUCUUGUCAUCAUUGCUGAGACUCCGCCAGUGCUGCUGUCAUCUCUCUUUACUAAAAUCGACUCUUGACCAGACUGAGCUGAAGAGUGAAGGCCUGUUCCUUUCCUUGGAGGAGCAGCUCAGUGCUUUGACCUUGUCAGAACUCCAUAACCCAGAUCCAUCUGCCACCGUCUGCCUUAAUGGCACACAAUUCAAGGUGGAACUGUUCGAAGAUACAAGAGAGAGUACCAAGAUAUCAUCUCUGUUAGCAGAGCUGGAGCUGAUCCAGAAAAAUUCAGAAUUUCAAAAAAGUGUCAUUGUGUCUCAGUGGACCUGUAUGCUGAAAAUUGUAGCUCUGCAUCUUCAGCGACAUGGGCUGACUUAUGCCACUAUUGAUGGUUCUGUCAAUCCCAAACAGAGGAUGGACCUGGUAGAAGCUUUCAACAACAGCUGCAGUGGACCCCAGGUCAUGCUGAUCUCUCUCUUGGCUGGAGGCGUUGGACUGAACCUAACUGGAGGGAACCACCUUUUUCUUCUGGAUAUGCAUUGGAAUCCAGCACUUGAGGACCAAGCUUGUGACCGAAUUUACCGAGUUGGACAGAAAAAAAAUGUGGUCAUACACAGGUUUAUCUGUGAGGAUACAGUAGAAGAAAAGAUCUCGCACCUUCAGACCAGGAAGAAGAAUUUAGCCACACAGGUUCUGUCUGGAUCUGGGGACUCCUUCACCAAGCUCACUCUUGCUGACCUCAAAAUCCUCUUUGGCGUUUAAUUUUCCAUCUAAGACAGAACUGAACAGUCUAGCUGGGGAAUUUUUAGAUGCUUCUAAUGUUGAUUUAUUUGGGCAUCUGCACCCUGAGUCCAUCAAUUCUCUAUCUGAAGUAGAUAGUAUUUUACAUCAUGAUUCCUUUGGAGUUGUG